AUAUUAUUAUUAUUAAGGACACAUGCGUGGUCACGAUAUGCACGCAGGCCACACGAGUUUGUUUGUAUACUGCAGCGAUUCUCUCAGAAUGAAGCGACCGGAUGGAAACCCACUGAAGUGACGCUCUUUGUGCGCGCGCACACACACACACACACACACACAUAUAGUGACCUUUCUCUCCGUCCCUCUCGUUUCCUCCCUGUAGCAGUAAGGAAUGACCGCAAUAAGAAGAAAAAGGACGAGAAGAAGCAGGAGUGCACGGAGAGCUACGUGCUGAGUCCCGAGACCGAGCGGAUGAUCGACAGGGUGCGCAAGGCCCACAAGGAGACGUUCCCCUCCCUCUGCCAGCUGGGCAAAUACACUACGACUAACAGCUCAGAACGACGCGUGUCUUUGGACCACGACCUGUGGGACAAGUUCAGCGAACUCUCCACCAAGUGCAUCAUCAAGACGGUGGAGUUUGCCAAGCAGCUGCCGGGUUUCACCACGCUCACCAUCGCCGACCAGAUCACUCUGCUCAAAUCCGCCUGCCUGGACAUCCUGAUACUCCGGAUCUGUACGCGCUACACGCCAGAGCAGGACACCAUGACCUUCUCAGAUGGACUCACGCUAAACCGAACCCAGAUGCACAACGCCGGCUUCGGCCCCCUCACCGACCUGGUGUUCGCCUUCGCCAACCAGCUCCUGCCUCUGGAGAUGGACGACGCGGAGACGGGGCUGCUCAGCGCCAUCUGUUUGCUGUGUGGAGGCAAGUCACCCUACUGCCCCGACCCCCUCCCUGCAGGAGCUGAGCGUGUCAUCACGCUGAAGAUGGAGAUCCCCGGCUCCAUGCCCCCUCUCAUCCAGGAGAUGCUGGAGAACUCGGAGGGUCUGGAAAGCGGCGCCGCCGGCGGCCGGCCCAGCGGCGCCCCCCCGGGCAGCUGCAGCCCCAGUCUGUCCCCCAGCUCCGCCCAAAGCAGUCCAGCCACACAAUCGCCGUAGUCGCGGCCCACCUUUUUUACUAUCCCUCACGGCGCUGUGGGUUCGCCCGCCACGUUCUAAAGAGGAGGGGGGGGCAGCGAGGGGGGGUGGGGGGCUUUUACACCUGACUGCUGAACACAGGAGACGGGCAGAGCCAACCUCCUCCUCUCCUAGGACACAAGUACCCACCUCCUGAUCUGCUUUCCGUCACGCGCGGAGCACCUUCUCCAUGUUGGAGGGGUUGGUUGGGGGGGGGGGAGGAGACCACACCGUAAACACUGCUGAUGACUCCUCCCACCCACCCUGCUCCUCCCCUCGCCACCUUUCCCCCAAAGGACCAAUGGACGCGGCCGUGGUGGGCGGAGUGGGCGGGGCUUCGCGGGGCCGACGCACACAGACGACUCGACAAACACCAGACACUUUUUUUUUUGUUUUGUUGUUGUGCUCUGAGGCGGACCGCGAGCCGAGGACUAAAGACCCCCCCCCCUCCUCAAAGACUCUGGGUCUUUUCUCUUUUUCCAACUUAAAAAAAACAAACAGAUUUCGUACAGAAGAUAUAUAAAUAUAUAUAGAAAGUUAAUGAACUAUUGUGAUUGACAUGUGCAGAACAGAACGGCAGGUCGGAGCGAGGACGUUUUCUGAGAUUACACAUCGUUGUUCCUCCACCGUUUGAAUCUUUUCACGCCCGUCGAGAGUAUUAAGAGACACCUUUCAGUUUGAUCACAUUUGUACAUUAUUCCAAUUAACAAGGAGCAAAAAGACGUUGAUAUUUCUCUCCAAUGUACACACACAAACACGCACACACACACACACAAACGUGCACAGAAAACAAGUCGCGAUGAAUAGAACUAUUCCAGGUUGGAUUUGUUUUCCUUUUUUCUUUUCUUUUUGGCUUCCAGGAGAAUGGAAAAAAAACCCUGAUUGUAUGAACUUGGUUGUAUGAUACGGUCACCGGUCCUUUCAAGAAAUCACAUUAAUGAAGAUUCAUUAUUACGGUGUAUUUUAGUUAGCCUUUGAGUUUGUGUAUAUAAGCUUUAUUCAUUUCUUUAAAACUAUGAAGAGUUUUAGGCUUCACCAGAUUUUUCUUUUUUUUAAAGAAUACUUUUACGUGUUUUGUUUAUAGCUUUGUGAUAUUUUGAGCACAUUUUACUGAAGGAGGUUCUUUCAUGUUUUGUGUCCUAUUAAAUACUGGACAGGCCCUUAACCAAUCACUGGCUGUUCAGAAUGUGGCUAUCACAGACCCCCCCCACCACCCACGGACCCCCUCACUCUGAAAACGUGUUUUUACAGUAGAAUGACAAAGUAGCACUCCAGCCGGGGCAGAGCUUUUUUUUUGGCCACGUAGAAGAAAGAGAUGGUGUUUCUGAAAAUGCUGAGCCGGGAGCCGGGAGCCACAGCAGCUCCUCCUCAAAGAGUUCAAAUGUGAAGCAUGGUGUGUGUGUGCGCGCACACACACUGUAGUGGUCUCCGAGUGGAUCGAUAAUCUGUCGUGGACGGGAAAAGACUCGAUUGUAGUGAUGCCUCUGCUCACGUGAAGGUCCCAAAUGUGAUGUUUGUCAAAGUCCUCACAGCCCCCCACCCUCACCCUCACCCCCCCCCUAACCCCCGGCAACCUGUGGUAGAAACGAAUGAGUGACGUUUUGCCGGAUCCGGAGCGACCUCGCAGCCUGUGACUCACUUUACGCCAAAACGCCUUCACCGUUCAACACACACACACACACACACACACACACACACACACGUUUCAUGUCGACCACCGUUACUGUACACACACCAAUGUCUCAGGAAGGAAUCAUUUAGUGUGCUUGGCCUGUUCUACGCCCUGUGCUGCACCCCCCCGACCCUCCACCCACACACACACACACACA